AUGAGCGGUUGCGAUGAUCCGGACUCUACAAACAAUUGUAAUUCAACGUUGCAACUCAUGGGUGUCGAACGCACAAUCACGGCGGUCGGCGGCGGCGGCGGCGGCGGCGGGCCGGGGUCGCUCAACGGCUCCGUCGACGAGCCGCCGUGCAAGCGCCUCAAGCUCGCCGCAUCCGCAGACGACGCACCGUCACUACGCCGCCGUAUACUCGAGGCCGAGCUCACCCGCCUGCGAAACCUUCGCGAGAGGUUCACCGAACAGCUGAGCGAGCUGUAUUUCCUUCAGGCGGGCGGCAACAUGAUGGACUAUGCGGCGUGGCGCAAACGUCCGCCGACGAGUCAACUGCUGACGUUUCUGGAAAGUCGGCGCCCGCCACCGAUCGCAGUGUCGGCGUCCGCGCCGGGCCCGGCGCCGGCCCCGACGGCCCGAGCGGGCGCGGCCGCCGCGGCCCGCGCCCGCCGCCGACGAGAUGGUGGAGAAGGCGAAGCAGGAGGCCUACGUGGCGGCGCGCGUGGCCGAGUUGGCGCGCGCCGGCCUGUGGCCCGAGCGCCGCCUGCCGCGCGUCGUGGAGCCGCCGCGGCCCAAGACGCACUGGGACUACUUGUUGGAGGAGAUGGCCUGGCUGGCGCAAGAUUUCGCCCACGAACGGAAAUGGAAGAAACAAGCGGCGAAAAAGUGUGCUCGUGCUGUGCAAAAAUAUUUUCAAGACAAAGCUGUGGCCGCUCAAAAAGCGGAGAAGGCUCAAGAGUUACAAUUAAAGAAAAUCGCAGCCUUCGCGGCCAAAGAAAUAAGGACGUUUUGGUCGAACGUCGAAAAGCUGGUCGAGUGGAAACGAGUGAGACGCGUGGAGCGCGCGCGGAAGGAGGCCCUCGACGAGCAACUGAGCUAUAUAGUGGACAAAACCGAGCGGUACUCGCGGCAGCUGGCGGCCAACCUGGCGCGGCCCGUCGACGCCGCCUCCGACGACGAGUUCCAGCCGCGCGGCGCCUCCGACGACGACGAGGAGACCAUCGCGGCCGCCGAGCGCGAGGCGGGCGACGACCCCGCCGACCACCGCGACGAGAUAGAGGCGCUCCGCCGCGAGUCGCGCCUCGCGCUCGACGACCUGCUGCCGCCCGGGUACCUGCCCGCGCACUCGCCCCCGCCCUCCGACUACGGGCCCGACCUCGACGACUCGGCCGACGACGAGGCCACCAUCGACGAGCAGGAGCGCGCCGAACGCCCCGAGGACCACGCCGCCGAGCUCGAGGCGCUCCGCUGCGACGCCGAGCUCGACGUCGCCGAGCUGCGGCGCAAGUACGCCGCCCGCGCCCCCUCCGUCUCCCUCUCCGACGCCGCCUCCGACGACGAGACCGACGCCCCGACGGAAGACUCGUCGGACGACACCGCCUCCACCGGCUCGUCGGAGGCGCUCGAGGCGCUGGUCGAGGAGGGCGGGGCGGCCGCGGGGGAGGACGAGGGCGGGGGCGGGGAGCGGCGCGUGGAGGCGGCGGCCUCGCUGGCGGCCACGCUGCAGCCCACCGGCACCACGCUGUCCUCCACCGCCGUGGGCACGCCGGUGCCGCGCCUGCUCAAGCAUCCGCUGCGCGAGUACCAGCACGUGGGCCUGCACUGGCUGGCCACCAUGCACGCGCGCCGCCUCAACGGCAUCCUCGCCGACGAGAUGGGCCUCGGCAAGACCAUCCAGACCAUAGCGCUGCUCGCGCACCUCGCGCUCGAGCGGCACGACUGGGGGCCGCACCUGGUCAUCGCGCCCACCUCCGUCGUGCUCAACUGGGAGAUGGAGUUCAAGAAGUGGUGUCCCGCCUUCAAGAUCCUCACCUACUACGGGACGAUCAAGGAGCGCAAGCUGAAGCGCGUCGGGUGGACGAAGCCGAACUCGUUCCACGUGUGCAUAACCUCGUACAAGCUCGUCGUGCAGGACCACCAGAGCUUCCGGCGAAAACGGUGGAAGUACCUCAUCCUCGACGAGGCGCAGAACAUCAAGAACUUCAAGUCGCAGCGGUGGCAGACGCUGCUCAACUUCCAGACCGAGCGGCGGCUGCUGCUCACCGGCACGCCGCUGCAGAACAGCCUGCUCGAGCUCUGGUCGCUGAUGCACUUCCUGAUGCCGGACGUGUUCGCGUCGCACUCGGAGUUCCGCGAGUGGUUCGGCGACGUGGCCGGCAUCGCCGAGGGCUCCCACCGGUACAACGAGGCGCUCGUGCGCCGCCUGCACGAGGUGCUGCGCCCCUUCCUGCUGCGCCGGCUGAAGGCGGACGUCGAGCGGCAGAUGCCGCGCAAGUACGAGCACGUGCUCAUGUGCCGCCUCGCCAAACGGCAGCGGUUCCUCUACGACGACUUCAUGGCGCGCGCCAAGACGAAGGAGAGCCUCGCCUCGGGCAACCUGCUCGGCGUCAUCAACGUGCUGAUGCAGCUGCGCAAGGUGUGCAACCACCCGGACCUGUUCGAGCCGCGGCCGGUCAGCUCGCCGCUGCAGCUGGAGGCGCUCGUGCUGCGCGCGCCCGCCCUCGCGCUGCACGCCGGCGUGGCCGAGCGCGGGGAGGCGGCCGCGCGCCUCGGCGGGGACCUCGCCACCCUCGAGGCGGGGGGCGCCGGCGCCUUCGCCGCCCACCGCGCGCGCCACCUCGCGCCCCCGCGCCGCCUCGUCGAGGAGCUGGGCGACGCGCGCCCCGCGCCCCCGCCGCGCCCCCCGCCCGCCGCGCUGCGCCUGCACCUGCGCCUGGUGCCGCGCCGCGCGCCCCCCGCGCCCGCGCCCGCCGCCGCCGCGCCCCGCGCCGCCUCCGCGCCCGCGCCCGCCCCCGCCCCGCCCGCGCCCGGCGCCCCCCGCGGCGCGGCGGCGGCGCGGCUGGAGGCGCGGCGGGCGCGCUGCCUGCGCCGGCUGGCGGCGUGCAACGAGCGGCGCUGCUGGCGGCUGCCGCUGUACGGCGCGGACCUGCGGGCGGCGGUGGCCGCGCCGCGCCCCGCGCCCCCCUCGCCCACGCUCGACGAGCUGCUCUGCAGGCUGCACGACGUCAUCGACAGGUUCAGCGUGUGCUGCAGCGCGGCGCGCGCGGCGGCGUGCGUGCUGCAGGUGGGCGCGGGCGCGGGGGCGCGCGCGUGGCGGCGGCGCGCGGCCGCGGCGGGGGCGGGGGCGGGCGCGGGGGCGGCGCGCGCGCUGCUGCGGCGCCUGCACGCGCCCGCCUCGCGCCAGGCCGUGGCCUUCCCGCACCCGCGGCUGCUGCAGUACGACGCAGGCAAGCUGCAGACGCUGGACGUGCUGCUGCGCAAGCUGAAGGCGGGCGGGCACCGCGUGCUGAUCUUCACGCAGAUGACGCGCGUGCUGGACGUGCUGGAGGCCUUCCUGUCCAUGCACGGCCACACCUACCUGCGGCUCGACGGGGCCACGCGCGUCGACCUGCGGCAGCCGCUCGUCGACAGGUUCAACGCGGACGCGCGCGUGUUCGCGUUCAUCCUGUCGACGCGCAGCGGCGGCGUGGGGCUGAACCUGACGGGCGCCGACUCGGUGGUGUUCUACGACUCGGACUGGAACCCCACCAUGGACGCGCAGGCGCAGGACCGCUGCCACCGCAUCGGCCAGACGCGCGACGUGCACGUGUUCCGCCUCGUCACCGCCGCCACCGUCGAGGAGAACAUCCUGCGCAAGGCCGACCAGAAGCGCACGCUGGGCCAUCUGGCCAUCGAGGGCGGCCACUUCACCACCUCGUACCUGAGAGCGGCGAACAUAAAGGAGCUGUUCGGCACGGAGGCGGGCGCGGGCGCAGGCGGGGAGCUGGAGUGCCUGCUGGCGGCCGCCGAGGACGAGGCGGACGCGCGCGCCGCGCGGGCCGCACGCCUCGAGGCGCAGGGGGAGCUCGCGGAGUUCGACGAGACGCUGCCGCUGCAGCCGCCGCCGCCGCAGCGGGAGCCGAGGGAGGACGACCCCGACCACGCCGACCUGGCCGCGCUCAUGAAACAGCUGACGCCGGUGGAGAAGUACGCGAUGCGCGUGGUGGAGAGCAGCGAGGCCGCCACCGCCGCCGAGCGCGCCGCCCUCGACCACAUGCAGCGGCAGCUGCGCGACUGGGAGGACGCGCGCCGCCACCUGCGGGACGCCUCGCCCCCCGCGCCCGCCGCCACCCCCCCGCCCGCCGCGCCCGACCUCACCUACUGCCGCGACGACGCGCGCGCCCAGGUGUGGGUCAGCGAGACCGGAGCCGACGAGAGGAUGCCGAUGUGGGGGCCGCCGACUCCGCCCUCCGGCGACGGCGACGUGUACUGCGAGAGCUGGAGCCUCGUCCUCUACCGGCCGGGCCCCGCGCCCGACCACCUGCUGCCCCCCGCGCCCCGCCGCGAGCCCCGCGCGCCCCGCGACCCGCGCCGCCCGCGCCCCGCGCCGCGCGCGCCGCUCGCGCCGCCCUCGCUGUUCGAGCGCGCCGGGCCCCGCCCGCGCCCGCGGCCGCGGCCCCCGCACGCGCCCCCGGCGCCGCCGCCCCCCGACUGGACGCCCGCCGAGGACGCGGCGCUGCGGCGCGCCCUGCGUCUGCAGCGGCUGCCGCCCGACCCGCCCGCCGCCCUCGCGCCCAACUGGGAGUGGGCCAGUGAGCUGGUGCACGAGGCCGGCCGCGUGUACCGCGCGCCGCGCGCCUGCCGCGACCGCCACGAGGCGCUCGCCGACCCCGAGCGGGCGCGCCGCAAGCACCGCCGCGCCGCCGCCGCCGCCGCGCGCCGCCGCCCCGACCACGACGCGCCGCGCCCGCCGUUGGCGCGCCUGGACGCCAUGCGCGACGCCACCGAGCGCCGCCGCGCCGCGCCCAAGCGCCGCCUCGACCCGCCGCGCGACAACCCCAAGCACGCGGCGCUGCUCGCCGACCACGGCGUCGACAUCGACGCGCCGCCCACGCCCAUGGAGGUGGCCUCGCGCCGCGCCGACCGCAUCGCCAAGGAGAAGAUGAAGGCCCAGCCCGCGCCCGCGCCGCAGCCCGCCGCCGCCGCCGCCGCCGCGCAGCCGCCGCAGCGCGUGGUGGUGGCCGCGGCCGCCAAGCAGGACGCGGCGCGCCGCCCCCGCGCGCCCGCGCCCGCCCCCGAGGGCCCGCGCGCCCCCGCGCCCUCCGCGGCCCCGGCGGCGUCCGUCGCGCCGACUCAGCUGCUGUACCGGCAGCAGACGCUGGCGGCGCGGCAUCAUCUUAAGAUUCUACACCACGCCGCCUCCGCCCACGCCCAGGUGCGCGCGACCGGCCAGCCGGGCGGCAGCGGCGCGGCCGAGGGCGGGGCGCUGCGCACGCUGCAGCUGCAGCAGCUCGCGCUGCGCCGCGCGCCCCCGCAGCCCGCGCAACGCGCCCCCGCCCCCGCGCCCGCGCCGCCCGCGCCCCGCCCGCCCGACGCUAGACAAUAA